CUUGGGGGUAUCCGGAUACUUUAGUCACAUCGGAAGAGGAAGCAGCGAGGAUGAGCUGGCGCGCACAGAUUUCCCGCAACAUCCAAGAGAUCCGCAUCGUGGCAUGCAGUACAUCGGAAAGCAGCAACGGACUGCGCAAGUUCUUCCGCCGUAACUACGAAGAGCUGAAAAUGCUCAACCCUAAAACGCCGUUUGUGUACCGCGAAGCCGAAGACGUGGAACCGUUCGUGUAUGCUCGAUUCGAUUGGGGCGUGGAACAGCAAGUAUACGUCAAGAACAAGAGCGCGGACGACGUUUUGCGCGUGUUGAAGGAGUUGAACCAAUUUGGCGAAACUUCGGCGCGGUCCCCCGAAAGCGAUAUCUUAUUGGCGCAACCCAUCGUGGACGGUCGCAUCGGCGAAGACGAGUACGAGCCCAUCAACAUCACGUGGGACGGCGUGACCAUUCGUCGCAACCCCAACUUUACCGCCCCGUUGGACGAUUAAGACUACAAGUCAAACUCUAACGAGCUUGAGUGUCCCUUUCCCUGGAAACAACUCAUCCUUAUCCCAUACGUGUAUACCCCACUGAAUAAAAUGCGGAAACAGAGAAGUGUCCAUAAAGGUGA